AUGUGGAUCUUUGGUGAAAGGACUUGGAAUUUACUACCGGAGGCAAAGUGUUUCUCAAGGUGUCACCCAAAAGGGGUGAAGCGAUUCAGCAAGAAGGGCAAGCUGAGUCUAAGGUUCAUUGGACCUUAUGAGAGCCUCACAAGGAUUGGGCCGGUGGCAUAUCAAUUGGAACUUCCUCCAUCCUUGGAAGGUGUGCAUGAUGUAUUUCACGUAUCCAUGUUGCAGAAGUACGUUCAUGACCUGGACCAUGUUCUGUCACAAGAACCACCGGAGCUCGCAGCUAAGAUGUCUUACAAGGAGCAACCUGAGAAGAUUCUGGACAGCAAGAUUGUCCACCUUCGUAAUUGGCCUAUCUACUAUGUGAAAGUAAAGUGGUAUAACCACACAGAAGAAGAAGCAUCUUGGGAGACUGAAGUGGAGACGCAGGCAAAGUAUCCCUCUCUCUUCGACUUACAAGAUGGGGCGGAAGUCUAUGCCGAUGAGCUGUUCGCCUUGGUCAUCAAACCGAACCAUAAGAUCAUUCACGGGGUUGAUUGUCGAGGAUAG